AGUAGUCAGUCUGCGUUGAGAAGUCGAAGUGGAAAGACGUGCUGAACGAGUGAGCGCUGUCGAUAUUUAAUACUGUCAGUUUAACUAAACAUAUCGGAAUAAAAAAAAAUAUCAUUAAUUGGAAACGGAAAUAAUAUCUUUGGAUUUUACAUAAAUUGUUAAUAGCAAAUUACUUUAUUCAAAAUUGUGAUGUAAAAUAUACAGGUUUAAACUUGUUACAGAGGUUUAAAGAACUUUUUUUAUUCAAAAUGGCAUGUGUACUAUCAAUGUACACAUUAAAUCAGAACCAAUUCAAAGAAAAUGUCACAGAUAUACACAACAUUGGACUUACAUAUUUGGAUUUUAACUGGAUAAAUAACAUAGGCCAGCAAUCUGAUUUUCUAGAGAAUCAUAUUUAUUGUGGACAAUAUGAAAACGAUAGAGAUACGCCGAAAUUAUGUCGAUUGGAAGUUGCAAAUGAUACUGUCCAACAUGAUCCGUUCAACAUUAUCUCAAAUAGUAGGUUUGAAUCACAAGUUAAUACGAUAGUGUCGGAUGCCGUCUCGGAUAAGCAAGACCUCACCAAUGGUAGCACAGAUUUAAAUGAAAAGACUGAAAUGUGUGUUCAAUUAGAUAUUACAAAGAAUGGAGUUAAACGGAAAGCUAUUGUCUCGGGCUGCGAUGAAGAAUACAUUCCAUCAAAGCGAGUAUCACCGUUCUUGAACACACCGAAAGAAAGAAAAGACGAACGCAAAAAUAUUCUAAAGAUAUCUGUGAACAAAAUAAAGAAACUGGACGACCCCGAGAUCUUUCUCCGAAGAAGUGUUCUAGUUAAUAAUUUAACUAAACGUUUGCAAACGGAGUUACGACAAGAAAAACAAAGCAGUAGGAAGUUUAGCUCAUAUAGAAGGAAGUGUUUCAGUGAUUAUAAAGUGCUCAAUAACAGUUGUCUGUCAGACACUUAUUUAGAGGACGAUCCAUUCCUUAGUGGUACACAUGAAGCAAUUACUGACGACAUGACUGACACACUCAUCAAUAAUGUGUUAAAUGAUAACAAGUCAAACGAAGUGAAAGAAGACCAUGAUUCUUGGUGACAUACUAGAGGUACAUAGACUCUGGGUUUACAUAAAUGAAAUUCUGUCAAGCCAACUAUUUAUUUAUAAAAGAAUCUGUCCACACUAUUUAAAUUUGAGAUUUAUUUCUAGAACGGAAGACCAAAACAAAUUAUUCCAUUAAGAUAUAUAUAGAAAUGUAUAUAUAGGAGAUAUAAAUACGCAUUUUUAGAAUAUAUAUUAUCUAUUCAACGUUAUAAGUUUUAUCAUGUCAAGUAAUAUCGAAAUAUACGACCGUGCCUUUAUAUCAAUCCCGAUGAUUUGUCUUAAAAUAGUUCUUAAAGGCAAAGCUAUAUGGAGCAAGUUUUGAUCAACAGUGUGAUAAAAUGCUUAAAAGCUAUAUGUAUGUUGACUAGAUAGUAUUAUUACAUUCCAUAAAAGAAUACGUAAUUUUCAUUUCAACUCCUUCCUUUGUUUAGAGUUUGAUUUUCAUCCUAUCAGUCUAGUCAAGUAUUCAAAUACGAAUUAAUGUUACGUAUUCAAUUUGUGAUCUCACUGUAUUGGUUUCCGUGUACUAAGAAAACACGAAAUUGUUUUUAUGAGUUUUUCGUUUCCAUAUUGUAAAACUUAAGUUUAAUUCAUUACUGUGUUUCAUAUUCAUCAGACAAGGUCGAUCAAAAUUGAGCCGCGUCACGACAAAACCAACAUAGUGCGUUUGCAACCAGCAUGGAUCCAGACCAGCAUGCGCAUCCGCGCAGUCUGAUCAGGAUCCAUGCUGUUCGCUAUCAGUUUCUCUACUUGUUAUAGAGUUGUAAGCGAACCCACCCUAGCACUGUCCUUAGCGCUAUUCAAUCCCGAGCGUACUAAAAGCUUGUUUCUUUUAGAAUCGUUAUAAAUGCCCUAAUGUCGUUGUGAUAAUAUAGUGGUUUAGAGGAUAUGUUGAAUACAUGUAUGAGGAAAACUCUUGCAUAUUUAUAUCAUUCCUGACAUAUUCGCUCACACAUAACAGUGUCUUAUGACCAAAGGUCUGUAAAAUGUCCCUUUUUUAUAGGAAAUAGGUUUCAUACGUUGUCGUUGUUUUGAUAUACAACACACACACACACACACACACACACACACACACACACACACAUAAUGUUAUUUUACAAAGCGUUGAUUUGUCAAAAAAUUUAUUUAUAUGUUGUCAUCCAUUUUCAGUAAUACAGUUCUAUCUGUUUCUAUUGUUACUUUACUGUUGGGGGAUUUCACUGGAAAUCUAUGUUUUAUUUUUAGGGCAGACCAAUUAUUGUGUUUAAAAACAAGAUACAAUGACGUGUAUAUUUUUGUUAAAUUAUUGACUGCGUUCUCAGAUGUGUAAAUAUGAUGGGUCAUUUGUAUAUUUUUAUGUAUGAAAGAUUAAAUAUUGAUGAUAUAUAAUAUCAAAGUGCUCGAAGUAUAAUAUAUAUGUGACUGGUUUGAAAAGCUGUCAUGAAAAAUAAAAUGAACAAAGCAAAA